AUGUUUAAAUCAGUUCUUAGAGUGCCUGUGAUAAGCAGCGCUAGACCAGCUAUACAGAAAAGAGCCGCUUUGUUUCCAACAAGUGUGAGAUUAAACAGUAAUAAAUCUAUAAAUAAUGAUGAUGAACCAAUUGAUUUAGCUAAAGAAGUUGAAAAAAUAGAAUCUCAACAACCUGUUGAAAUUGAAACCCCAAAACAAGCAACCAAACCAGAAGAUCCAGAUGAAUUAGCACAACAAUGGUUAAGUGCUAUCAAAGAUAUAAGAAAACAAAUUACAACUGAAGGUGUUUCACCAGUAGAAAAAGAAUCAAAAUCAAAAUGGUUUGAAAAAUUUGGAUUUGAACCAACCCCAGAACAAAUAGCAAAAAUGGAAAGUCUUGAAGAAAGACCAAUACCUCUCAAACAUGACCCAGUUGUAGAACAUUUCACAAAUAUGAUUAUGAAAGAUGGUAAAAAGGCAAGAGCUCAAAGAGUUAUGAAUAAUGCACUUUAUAUUGUUAAAUUACAAUUAAGAAAAGAUCCAGUUGAAGUUUUGAAAGAAAUCUUGGAUAAAAUGUCACCAUUAAUGGCUAUUAGAACUCAAAAAUCUCGUGCUGCAAAAUCUGUUGUUAUGCCAGUACCUCUAACUGAAAGACAACGUCAUAGAACAACAUUCCUUUGGAUUUUGGAAGGUGCUGAAAAAAGACGUUCUCCAGAUUUUGAAGUUAGAUUGGGUGAAGAAUUAAUUGCAGCUUAUGAAGGUAAAUCUUCAGGUUAUGAUAAAAGAUUACAAAUUCAUAAAACUGCCAUGUUACAAAGAGCUUACGUUAAAUUAAGAUGA